GGCACUUGCACGCGGAGCGCGCCUCCUGGGGCGCGGCUGUCGGUGCCCUGCGCUUGGCUGCCCUGGACCCCGCUGCGCUCCCGGCUCUCUCCGCGCCCCAGACCUGGUUAUUCAAAAGUGGAUGGUUUUGAACAUAAAGUACCCCGUGAAGACAUCAGAGGGGUUCACUCCUGUCAUCUUGAGUCUCUGAAGGCAGAGCUGGUUGCACUUUUCUUCUAGAAAGUUUUCCCGGGAAGUUCACUCUCCCACAGUAAAACCUUGACUCUCAGGAUGAUCCUGUCUAACGCCACGGCUGUGACACCCUUGCUGACCGAGCUGUGGCAGGGGACAGUUCAACCGGGCAGCAACACAUCCCACCCGGCCCGCAGGUCCCUGAGCCAUGACGACGGCAAGCUGGCGGCGCUGUACAUCCUCAUGGUGCUUGGCUUUUUCGGCUUCUUCACCCUGGGCAUCAUGCUCAGUUACAUCCGCUCCAAGAAACUGGAGCACUCCCAUGACCCGUACAAUGUGUACAUCGAGUCUGACGCCUGGCAAGAGCAGGAUAAGGCGUACUUCCAGGCCCGGAUUCUGGAGAGCUGCAGGGCGUGUUAUGUCAUUGAAAACCAGCUGUCUGUAGAACGACCCAAUGCCUACCUCCCUGAGAUGAAGCUGUCGUCCUGACCCCGAGACUGGUCCGAAUUGGACAAAGCCUCCCCGAUGAGCUGAUGUUUCCAAUUACGUGUUCCUUAUAUCCUUUACUGCAUGAGUAU